AUGCGGGAUAAAUUCGCAGCCCUGCAGCCGCCGCCGUCGCCGCCGACACUGCCAGGUCCCGUCCGGCGCCCACAUUCCGCCCCCUGUCGGCGGCCAAACAACAGCCUGCUGCUGCCCUGUGGGAGGGGCGCCGCCGGACGCCGUAUAUUGGCUGCCGCCGGCGCUGCCUUCUCUUUUUUUCCGCCUCCGCCCCCCGCACCCCGCUCCCAUUCCCGGAACGCGAGGCACGCCGCCUCCGGCCUCCCAGAUUCCGCACCCCCAGGAUUCCAGCCGGACAGUGUCCAGGGCAGGGAAUGCGAGGCCCGAGCAUUCCGACAGCUCCACACUGCUAUCCAGUUCUCUCCAGCUUGUUUGGAUGGAGUGGCGGCUCCAGCAGAGGCCAGCGGACGCUCUGGCACGCACUCUAUUGUCUGGCCGACAAAGUCUGCUCUCAGGAGGAAUAUGAUAGCUUCUGUAGGUUCCACGAACGGGUCGUACCAGCCGGGCAUGGAGCCGAAGCGCCAGCGCACGGCCUACACGCGCCACCAGAUCCUGGAGCUGGAGAAGGAGUUCCACUACAACCGCUACCUGACGCGCCGCCGGCGCAUCGAGAUCGCGCACACGCUGGUGCUGUCCGAGCGCCAGAUCAAGAUCUGGUUCCAGAACCGCCGAAUGAAGUGGAAGAAGGACAACAAGCUGCCCAACACCAAGAACGUGCGCCGCAAGACGAACCCGGCGGGCGCGCCCGUCGCCGCCGCCUCCGGGGGCAAGGGGAGCAAGUCGAGGGCCAAGGACGCCGGGGGCGGGGGCGGAGGGGGCGGAGGAGGCGCCGCCGUAACCGCCAGCGCCAAGAGGACGGCCAACAGCACAGCAGGACGGCAGCUCUUCUCGGGCGAACGUAAGACGCCGGGAGCCGCUAGACGCCACAGCAGCGUCUGCUCCGAGGGUACGGCGUCUGGGACGCUGCGGGCGAGGCCCGGGAAUCUGGUUGGCUGCCUGGCGGGCGUGGGGGCGGAUCUGGACGGCGGGGACCGUGGGGGCGGUGCGGGCGGCGGGGGCGGCGGGGGCGGCGGCGUGGGUAAAGCCGCCCUCCCGCCGAGACGGAAAGGUGCUGGGUACAGGAGAGAUUCCCGGACUGAAUGGACUGCACUGCAGGCUCUAUAG